CCACCACCCAGACCCAGCUCCACGCCCCCAUGCCCAUUGUUCUUGUUCACCCCCUCCACUCCACCGCCGUCGCCCAGCAGAGCCAACUAACCAGCCGCCUGAACCAGUCCUCUCCCUGAAUUUCGAGCGAGAGAAUUACUCGAGCUCGGAGAGAGGGUGAGCGCCGAGCGCCGGGUGGUGGGUCGGCCAUGGCGACCUACGACAAGGCCAUCGAGUCGUACAAGAAGGCGGUGACCACGGCGGCGUCGCUGGCGGCGUCGGCGAUGCUGGUGCGAGGCGUGGUGAACGAGCUGCUGCCGUACGAGGUGCGGGAACUGCUCACCUCCGGGCUGGGCUACCUGCGGUCGCGCAUGUCGUCGCAGCACACGGUGGUGAUCGAGGAGACCGAGGGCUGGGCCGCCAACCAGCUCUACGACGCCGCGCGGGCCUACCUCGCCACGCGGAUCAAUACCGACAUGCAGCGCCUCCGCGUCAGCCGCGUCGACGAGGGCAAGAGCCUCAUGUUCAGCAUGGAGGAGGGCGAGGAGAUGGCCGACCUCCACGAAGGCGCCGAGUUCAGGUGGCGCCUCGUCUGCCGGGACAACCUGGGCGCCGGCGCCGGCAACGGCAACGGCGGCCGCGGCGGCAACGGCAGCUACCGCGUCGAGGUGCGCUCCUUCGAGAUGAGCUUCCACAAGAAGCACAAGGAGAAGGCCAUCACCUCCUACCUCCCGCACAUCCUCGCCACGGCCAAGAAGAUCAAGGAGCAGGACAGGACGCUCAAGAUCUACAUGAACGAGGGCGAGUCCUGGUUCGCCAUCGACCUCCACCACCCGUCCACCUUCAGCACGCUCGCCAUGGACCGCAAGAUGAAGCAGGCGGUCAUGGAUGACCUCGAGAGGUUUGUCAAGAGGAAGGAGUACUACAAGAGGAUUGGCAAGGCGUGGAAACGGGGGUACCUCCUGUAUGGCCCGCCUGGGACCGGCAAGUCCAGCCUCAUUGCAGCCAUGGCCAACUACCUCAAGUUCGAUGUCUAUGAUCUCGAGCUCACUGAGGUGAACUGGAACUCAACACUUCGACGACUGCUCAUCGGGAUGACCAACAGGUCAAUCCUAGUCAUCGAGGACAUUGACUGCUCUAUCGAUCUGCAACAGCGGGACGAAGGUCAGGAUGGUACCAAAUCCAAUCCUUCAGAGGACAAGGUGACACUAUCUGGACUACUCAACUUCGUCGAUGGCCUUUGGUCAACAAGUGGGGAGGAGAGAAUCAUUAUCUUCACGACAAACUACAAGGAACGACUUGAUCCAGCGCUUCUUCGCCCUGGCAGGAUGGACAUGCACAUCCACAUGGGGUACUGCUGCCUCGAGUCUUUCAGAAUCCUGGCCUCCAACUACCACUCCAUCAGUGACCAUGACACGUACCCUGAGAUAGAAGAGUUGAUCAGGGAGGUAAAGGUGACUCCAGCAGAGGUUGCAGAAGUGCUUAUGAGGAACGACGACACUGACAUCGCACUCGAGGGCCUUAUCCAGUUCCUCAAGGGAAAGAAGAGUGAUGCCAAGGAUAGCAAAGAUGAGAAUGUGGACCAUGUGGCCAAAGAGGGUGCCAAAGAGAUGACAAAACAAGACCUCUCAGGCGAUCAAAAUCUGAACGAUGCAGGCAAAGAAUGAUGCCAAAGUAGUGUGCAUAUCAUAUGUUAGUACCAGAAAAAUCAGCCAAAAAUGUAUGUUUUGGUAUUAAUAAGAGAUCAUUUUUGGAACUAGAGAAUACUCUGGUACUAUAGUACUUUAUUUUCUUCUUUAAAUCAGAUACCACAUUGUAAAGUACAUAUGGGCCCAGGUUAACUCACAUGAGUAUAUGCAGCAAUUCAAUCUUAAUAUGAA